UUGCCGUGGAGUGGGGCCACACUGAGUGGCCACCUGGCGGCUUGGUCCUGGGCCGGCAGGGCUGUCCGAACAAGGCCCCGGGGUCCCAGGCCCUUUAGUCGCUCUCGCACUUGCCUGAGCGGAAACAGGGCGCCGCCACAAGAUGGCGUCGGGCCUGGAGCGCAGGCAGAGCCUGGGACAGCCCCGAGUCGCCAGGCCCCGGGACCGUCGUUGUCAGCCCCCUCCGCCGGGGAACAAGGGGAGGGGGGAGCGCGCCACUGACCCAGGGGGCCUGCGGGCUGUACCACAGACCCUGCACCCGGGGGGAUUUGGGGGCCGAAGGGUUGAACCACUGGGCUGGGCUGGGGCCGGUAGAGCAAGCCACUCUACGUGAUUCAUAAGGGAGAAAGGGUCAAGAUUACCAGCCAUUGACCACCCACCUGGGGAUGGGAAAGGGCCCCAGAUUGGGAGGCAAGGCCAGUUUUUCUAGAGUUCCCCUCUUGGGCACGAGAAGGUCUCGCCUCGUCGGAUCCUCAGUCUUUGCAUCUGCGAAAUGGGCGCAAGGGUGCAGCUGGAUGGGCCGUGGUUGCUGGAGCCGGGGAGGUUGCCCACCUGUUCCAGCCCCCGCCACCUCUUCUCGCAGAGUGAAGGCUACAGACCCUGUACUCCGGUGCCAGGCGACCCCACGGACCGAUGGAGGACAACGAGGUGGAGAGCAGUAGCGACGCGGCCCCCCGACCUGGCCGGCCGGAGGAGCCCUCCGAGAGCGGUCUGGGAAUGGGCACCUCGGAAGCCGUGUCGGCUGACAGCAGCGACGCCGCGGCAGCCCCGGGGCCGGCGGAGGCCGAUGACUCCGGCGUGGGACAGAGCUCGGAUCUUGGCAGUCGCUCUUUGGAGGAGGUAUCCGAGAGCAGCUCGAGCACAGACCCCCUGCCCCAUGGCUACCUCCCUGAUUCGUCUUCUGUGUCCCGUGGACUAGUGGUGGGGGUGACAGGUGGCCCUGCAGCCCUGGUGCACUCCAGUGCUCUCCCAGACCCUACCUUGCUGGCGUCCGACUGCACGGCUUCUUCCUCGGACCUCGGCUCAGCCAUUGACAAGAUCAUCGAGUCCACCAUCGGACCCGGCCUCAUCCAGAGCUGUAUCACCGUGACCAGUGCUGAGGAUGGCGGGGCCGAGACCACACGGUACCUGAUCCUGCAGGGCCCAGACGAUGGUGCCCCCAUGGCAUCACCGAUGUCCAGCUCCACCCUGGCCCAUAGCCUGGCAGCCAUUGAGGCCCUGGCUGAUGGCCCCACAUCCACGUCCACGUGCCUGGAGCCACUUGAGGAGGUGCGGGACAGACCCAGCUCCCCGAUGGCACAACUGCCCCCGGGCCCUGGGGCCAAGGAGCCAGACUUGCAGAGCCUGGAGGCCAUGAUGGAGGUGGUUGUGGUGCAGCAGUUCAAGUGCAAGAUGUGCCAGUACCGGAGCAGUACCAAGGCCACUCUGCUGCGCCACAUGCGGGAACGGCACUUCCGUCCAGCAGCAGCAGCAGCAGCGGCAGCAGCCAGUAAGAAAGGAUGUCUGCGGAAGUGGGGCAGUUCGACCAAGACCCAGGAAGAGGAGGGGCCAGAGGAGGAGGACGAUGAUGACAUUGUGGAUGCUGGAGCCAUUGAUGACCUGGAGGAGGACAGUGAUUACAAUCCAGCUGAGGAUGAGCCCCGAGGCCGGCAGCUACGGCCCCAGCGCCCCACCCCCAGUGCCCCAAGACCCCGAAGGAGACCUGGCCGGCCCAAGAAGCUGCCUCGUCUGGAGACCUCAGACCUUCCAGAUGGUGUGGAAGGAGAAUCUCUAGUGAGUUCCCAGAGUGGACUGAUCCCCCCUGAGCCACAGGAUCCUGAGGCUUCCAGCUCCUCAGGCCCGGGACACCAGGUGGCCCUGGGCAAGGCUGGUAGGGUCCCUGUGGAACCCGGUGUGAGCCAGUCAGACACAGAGAACGCAGCACCCUCCAGCCAGGAUGAACGUGAGGCCCUGCCUCGCCGCCGGGGUCGGCCCUCCAGGCGCUUCCUGGGCAAGAAAUACCGCAAGUACUAUUACAGGUCGCCCAAACCGCUCCUGAGGCCCUUCCUGUGCCGUAUCUGCGGCUCCCGCUUCUUGUCCCACGAGGACCUGCGCUUCCACGUGAACUCCCAUGAGGCCGGCGACCCCCAGCUCUUCAAGUGCCUGCAGUGCAGCUAUCGCUCGCGCCGCUGGUCUUCCCUCAAGGAGCACAUGUUCAACCACAUGGGCAGUAAACCCUACAAGUGUGACGAGUGUAGCUACACCAGUGUCUACCGGAAGGACGUCGUCCGGCACGCAGCCGUGCACAGCCGGGACCGGAAGAAGAGGCCAGAUCCGACCCCAAAGCUGAGCUCUUUCCCCUGCCCUGUGUGUGGCCGUGUCUACCCCAUGCAAAAGAGGCUCACUCAGCACAUGAAGACGCACAGCACUGAGAAGCCCCACAUGUGUGACAAGUGCGGAAAGUCCUUUAAGAAGCGCUACACCUUCAAGAUGCAUCUGCUCACGCACAUCCAGGCUGUCGCCAACCGCAGGUUCAAGUGUGAGUUCUGUGAGUUUGUCUGUGAGGAUAAGAAGGCACUGCUGAACCAUCAGCUGUCCCAUGUCAGUGACAAACCUUUUAAAUGCAGCUUCUGUCCCUAUCGCACCUUCCGAGAGGAUUUCCUGCUCUCUCACGUGGCUGUAAAGCACACAGGGGCCAAACCCUUUGCCUGUGAGUACUGCCACUUCAGCACACGGCACAAGAAGAACCUGCGCCUGCACGUACGGUGCCGACAUGCAAGCAGCUUCGAGGAAUGGGGGCGGCGCCAUCCCGAGGAGCCUCCCUCCCGCCGUCGCCCCUUCUUCUCUCUGCAGCAGAUUGAGGAGCUGAAGCAGCAGCAUAGUGCAGCCCCUGGGCCACCCCCCAGCUCCCCAGCACCUCCUGAAAUCCCCCCAGAUGCAACGCCUUUCCAGGCCCCCCAGGCACCCCCACUGCUCUGUUCUGAUACUCUGGGCAGCACCACCAUAAUCUACCAGCAAGGAGCUGAGGAGUCCACUGCGAUGGCCACGCAGACAGCCUUGGAUCUGCUGCUGAACAUGAGCGCUCAGCGGGAGCUGGGGGCCACAGCCCUGCAGGUGGCUGUAGUGAAGUCGGAGGAUGUGGAAGCAGAGUUGGCAUCCCCUGGUGGGCAGCCCUCCCCAGCAGGUGCCACUCCACAGGUGGUCACCCUCCAUGUGGCAGAGCCGGGGAGCAGAGUGGCAGCCGAGGGCGAGCUCAGCGCCCCUGACCUACAGCAGAUCACCUUGGCAUCCGGGGCCUUUGGCAGGGCUGGCUACAGUGUCAUCACAGCACCCCCUAUGGAGGAGGGGACAUCAGCCCCUGGCACACCUUAUAGUGAGGAGCCCCCCGGGGAGGCAGCUCAGGCCGUGGUUGUGAGCGACACCCUGAAAGAGGCUGGCACCCACUACAUCAUGGCAGCCGAUGGGACGCAGCUGCACCAUAUCGAGGUGACUGCAGAUGGCUCCAUCUCCUUCCCGAGUCCGGAUGCCUUGGCCUCUGGAGCCAAAUGGCCCCUGCUGCAGUGUGGGGGGCUGCCCAGAGAUGGCCCUGAGCCCCCAUCUCCAGCCAGGACCCACCGAGUAGGGGACCCCCAGGUCUCUGCCUCCCCACCCCCUGCAACCAGCAAAGCCAUGGGCUUGGCAGUGCCCCCCUCCCCUCCACCUGCAGCAACUGCAGCGUCAAAGAAGUUUUCCUGCAAGAUCUGUGCCGAGGCCUUCCCCGGCCGAGCCGAGAUGGAGAGUCACAAACGGGCCCAUGCUGGGCCUAGUGCCUUCAAGUGCCCCGACUGCCCUUUCAGUGCCCGCCAGUGGCCUGAGGUCCGGGCCCACAUGGCACAGCACUCCAGCCUUCGGCCCCACCAGUGCAGCCAGUGUAGCUUUGCCUCCAAGAACAAGAAGGACCUGCGGCGGCACAUGCUGACCCACACCAAUGAGAAACCUUUUGCCUGCCACCUAUGUGGGCAGCGAUUCAACCGUAACGGGCACCUCAAGUUCCACAUCCAGCGGCUGCACAGUCCUGAAGGGAGGAAGUCAGGGGCCCCUACCGCUCAGGCCCCAGCCCAGACCCCCACCCAGACCAUCAUCCUCAAUAGUGAUGACGAGACCCUGGCCACUCUGCACACUGCACUCCAGUCCAGUCAUGGGGUCCUGGGCCCAGAGCGGCUACAGCAGGCACUGGGCCAGGAGCACAUCAUCGUGGCCCAAGAGCAGACAGUGACCAAUCAGGUGAGAGCCAGGGGCCAGGCUGGCAGGUCACGGGCAGGGUGUGGAGGUAUACCGAGAGCUGAGGCUAGAGCUGGCUUGCCCUGGCAGGAGGAAGCCACCUACAUCCAAGAGAUCACCAUGGCAGAUGGCCAGACGGUACAACAUCUGGUGACGUCUGACAACCAGGUGCAGUACAUUAUCUCUCAGGAUGGAGUGCAGCAUCUGCUUCCCCAGGAGUAUGUUGUGGUCCCUGAGGGCCAUCACAUCCAGGUACAGGAGGGCCAGAUCACACAUAUCCAGUAUGAACAAGGGGCCCCAUUCCUUCAGGAGUCCCAGGUAGGGCCCUUGGGAGACCAAGUAGUACUGGGGCUUGGGCAGGGCUUCCUCUGGGCCACAUCUUACUGGCUUUAUCCCUCCAGAUCCAGUAUGUGCCUGUGUCCCCAGGCCAGCAGCUUGUCACACAGGCUCAGCUUGAGGCUGCGGCACACUCAGCUGUCACAGCGGUGGCCGAUGCCGCCAUGGCCCAAGCCCAAGGCCUGUUUGGCUCAGAGGAAGCUGUACCUGAACCCACUCAGCAGCUGCAGCCCCAGGGCAUCGAGUACGACAUCAUCACCCUGAACGAUGACUGAGCCCUAAGGGCCCUACGCAGACCAUGGAUGUCGGGGCCAGCCCUGCUGGGGAUGGUGUGAGGGUACCCACCACCCCCUUGGUUCUCCAGAUACCAGGCUCCAGGGGAGCCAGACCUAUGCUGCUGGGUUUGGGGAGCAGCUACAGGCCCCAGCUAGUACAUGCUGGAUAUCCCAGCCUGCAGGCAGGCUUUGGGAGAGAAGUUUAUUUUUGUUUGGAUGGACCCACUGGCCCCUCAGUCUCAAUAAAGGGACUGGAAUCCAGCCCUGGCCAGCUUACUCUGUCUCUUGCUGCUACAGCCUGAACCAGGCAAGGACAUGGGAAGCAGAAGGAAGGAAGAGCCUGUUAGCCCACCAAGGGUGGGUGUGAGUUGGAGGCCACCUAGCCCCACAGUGCACCUUGCUCUAUCUCUGUAAGUACAGUGGUCCAACAGUGGGCAGAUUCUUGGGGUGGAGGCCUGUUAGUGGGAGAGACGGCUGAGCUGGUGAGAGCGCCACUGUGCCCUAUCACAUCCUGCUUGAUGCCCUGGGCCGUAAAGGGAGCCUCAGCUCCACAGCUGGAGGUCCUGGAGGACAGGUGCAGGCAGCUGCCCAUCUGCGCAGAGGCCGAGCCCUGAGGCCCAUGGUGGCUCAAGCUACAUUUGCCUGAGCCUGGACCUGCUGUGGUGCUUCAGGGCCAGCAGGAGUCCGGCUGUCAGCCUGGACAGUUACCUGCCCUCGGCUUCCCAAAGGUAUCCUUGCAAGCCCAGUUGUGGGAGCUUGGGGCUUGGAGACAGAAGACUGAGGGCCUGAGGCUCUUCAGGCAGGGACCCGGUGUUGGAGGGGUACCAGGGUGCUGGGAAGGG